AACCACAGCGAUAUCAACACCAACAACACCGAGGACAACCACGCAUACACCGCGAGAAAUACCCACCAUGUAUAUAUUGGAUGAUCUUUACGAUGAUGAUUAUAUAGAUCAAUUUAAUAGUUAUAAUACCACAACGCCAACGGAAACACCAGAUCCAUCGUUCAGCGCACAGCUGGCACCCUGCCCGAUUUGUUCGCGAACAUUUAACCCCGUCACACUACGGAAACAUGUUGGCAUUUGUGAAAAAAUGGCCACCAAAAGGCGUAACAUUUUCGAUUCAUCACGGCAGCGUCGAGAGGGUACCGAAUUGGCCACAUAUCCAUUACCAAAGAAUUUUGGUUUACCCGAAAAGACUUCGUCGAGUACGACAACAUUGACAAGGACGAAAAGUGAAAGGGGUCAGUCGCCAAAUCCAUUGCAAAAGGUCGCCUCUCCCAUAAUGCAGCGCAAAAAGCCCACAGAAGAAUUUGUACGCUCCACCGCCCGUGCCUCAAUGCGUAAGCUAUCCACCUCUUCGGCCACCGAUGGCAUGACAACAUCCAGCAAUUUUAGUCGUGAUCGUUUACGUUCCUCAGAAAGAUCACUGACACGUCGUGGUCCCAUCCAGACAUCGGUACCCUCUGAACAAUGUCCCCACUGUGAUCGUUGUUUUGGCCUAAAAGCUUAUGAUCGUCAUGUGGAAUGGUGCAAAGAAAAGGCUCUCCAGGAUUCCAUUAAGAAACAAGCCUCAAGUAAAUCAGAAGAGAAUGCUGCAAAAGCACGCCUGGAGGCGAGAACGAAAUAUAAAGCACCGUGUUUGAAAACAAAACGCUCGAUAAAUCGCGACAAAUAUUCUGGUGCCGCCGGAGAUGAAAAUGAGGAUAUUACCAAAACACCAAAGCUUGGCCACAAAACAACACAGGAUACCGGGUUAAUGUCCAUGUCGAUGACAUCUUCGAUUAACAGUGAAAGUGGCCUACCCGAUAAUUACGAUCCAUUUUUAUCGGCUAAACGACAACUUGAGGAACUCUGUUCACCCACAGCCACCGAUUCUCCAACAACACCACAACUGCCCAGCUUGCCAUCGACACCGGCGGCUGCAACAAAUAACACAAAUAAAAUGUCCACCUCUCUAACACUUGGUAGUAGUUCGACAUCGAGCACAAAUAAUACAACAUCUAGUCCCAAUACUACAACGUCACAAACAUCUAAGACUCCCACUCUAACCAGAUCAUCGAGCUUCCGACGUACUGGCUCAUUGCGUUGUCCACGUCGUUCACCACUGCUGACACAACGUGUACCCCUAUUUGCCCAAAAGCAUAGACCCACCAUACAAAGGGGUCUCUCUGAUGAGGGGCCCAUAUCAUCGAAUUUCAUGAAACCCGAAGAAUAUGAUGAAAUGCCUGUUCGAUCGGUGUGUGUCAACGAUUAUGCUAUAACGAAAAGUCCACGAGUGGUACGCCGUGACACAUCAGCUUCCAAUCGUAAACAGCCUUUGAAAUUGAACAUAAAUGCUGCCAAUGAGGCUGCUGGUAAUUCCAGCAGUGGUCUAACACCCAAUACCAGUGAAACAGAAAGUGCUCCCAAUACCGCUUCACGUUAUGUCAACAAAACCGAUUCAUUGGCUGUUUUCCUGAAAUAUGAACACGAAUUGGAAAAACUGAAUAAGGCAGCGAAUACUACAACAAGCGAAACUAUUACGGAAUCACCUACCGAUCAAAAUGGCAACAAUAGCUCGAGCGCAACUACCCCAGCAGUAUUGGCAAAUUUGGAUGGCCCUCUCAAUGCCAAGGAGCUAAAGGACAAAAGCAACAAUUUGAGCAAACAAAAUUCAGCGAAAAAUAUUAAAGCUGAUUUGUUGGAGCUUAGUUUAAAUGAACCGAAUGAAAACUGCGAACAAAAACCAAUAACUCCAGAAGCAUCGGGGAAAUAUAAUUCCGUUCGUUUGGCCCCACUGAAUUCCAAGCCCACAACACCACUCAUCACACCCCACAGCAAUGGACAGCAUUUAACAAAACCCUCCACACCUGUGGCAAUACCAAUAAGCAAGCCAUCCACGCCCUUGACCAAACCCUCUACACCCUUGACCAAACCCUCUACCCCUUUGAACAAACCCCUAACCCCCUUGAAUACCAAGGCAACUUUGCAACCCUUGGAACAAAUUAAACCACAAAUAUCUCAAAAACCCGUGGCCCUUAGCUCCAUAUUUGGUACCACCAACAAUCAAAAAUCCACUGAAGAGCGUAAAACUUCUUUGGGUUCCGAUUACAUCGAUCCCAAAUUAAUUAACAAAUGUGAUAAUUUACCAAUUAAUUUAAAUAAAUUACGUAAUGAUUUUAAGCACUCCGAUGCGGCGGAUUCUGUGGAAAUAAAUCGUCGUGAACAUUUAUCUUCCUCCUCGUCGGAAGCAUCAGUACCACCAUCAGCCACAAAGUUUUUGCCUUCAGUUAAUAAAUCGGAAAAUCAAAAUGGAGCCCCAAUUCCAAAUCAAAAACCUUCCACAGCCCCUGCGGCUUCCCAAUCCAGUGCUAUUCCCCAAAAACAGCAGCAGCAACAACCACAGCUGCAUCAUCAGCCAUCUAGCCAAUUGUCGGCGACGGCUAGUCAACGCAAUUCUGCUGAGGGACGUAAUCUUCUAAAGCGACGCAUACGCCUCGGUCGCAAUCAAUUCUUAUACGAUGCCUCUCCGGAGGCUGAUUCAUGUUCGGCUGAUGAUGAAGCCAAUCGUUCGUCCAUGGAGUGUGACAACUUCAUGAAGGAACAUCAAAAGGCCUUCGAUCGUCUCAGUGCCCAAAUGAACAAUUUGGAGGAGCCAUUUGUGCCACCGCCUUCAUUGCCGGCUGAAUUUGAUGAUUUUGACUUUGAGGAAUUCCUGUCAUCAUUCGAAAAUGAUGAAGAACAAUUUCCUCUAUUUAAGGAUUGUCGAGAAUUUCUAUUGAAUCGGACAUCGAAGAAACAAAGAUCGAUGUUAAUGCCGAAUUCCAAUGUGAACAGCAACAGCAAUACUGUCCCCCAACAGAAAUCCACAUUCCCACCCCUUAAUAGUCACACUAACAGUAAUAAUAACAACAACAAUAACACAAAUAGUAACUCAAAUCCCCAACACCAUUUUCAAUUCCCCAAUUUACCAGCCCAUCCUAAAGGUCUUUUCGAUUCCUUCUCCCCCCAAAAUAGAGCUACCAAAAAUAGAUAUAACGAAAAAUCCCUUGCUAGUGAUGAUGAUGAGCUGGGUUUGGUCAACCAUCAGAAACGGGAAAUAUUCAUUAGCAUAGAAACCGAACAAAAUGAUUUGGAUAAGGAACCCAUAUCCCCCAAUUCCAUACGUGACAUGAUGAUGGGUAACCCUCAAUGUCUGGCCGAAAUUGAGGUGGAUGCUGCCGAUAAUAAAUUCAGUAAAAUCAGUGAUGAUGAUGAACAGCAGCAACAACAGCACCAGCACAAUUUAUCAUCUAUACCCCGCAGUAAUCACUUUAAUGGCCAUUUUAUAAAUACUAAUAAACCCGAUGUUCAAUUGAAUAACGCUAAAAAUCUUAUACAAAAAAUGCAAAAAGAUUUCCGCCAGCUGAGUGAUGAAAUGGCCGCCAAUCUGAGACAAUCUAUGGAACAGCAACGAACCGGUGAUCACGUGACGUCGACCGCCACGACAAUGACGACGAUGAUGAUGAAUAAUCGCAAUAAGGUGAACAAGGCCACAGGAACACCCAGCGGUGAUGCCUAUGCCGAUUCGGAUGAAUUGAGUAGUUUAGAUGGUUAUCCGUUGUCGUCGCCCAAUUCACGUUUGGGUGUUAGUUCCAAAACGAGUGCAGACUCGGCCUAUGGGAGUCUCUCGCGUCAACGUUCUUCCGAACUAACUAACCCACGUAAUUCUAGUCGUAAUCGAAGCUUAACAACUAAUCCAAAUGGCGCGGGUAAUGUGGUUAUAAGUCGACCCUUAGCCGAGGAACGUUGUCGACAAUUAAGUGCCUCAUCGAGCAGUAGUUCGGAACAUGCCUUACCACCAAUUAUGGGUGGACAAAAUAUUAAUAGCAAUACUAACAACAACAACAACAUUUACCAAAUGAUGUUACGUUAUGAACGUAAUAAUAAUAAUAAUAACAAUUACGAUACUAGCAGCACAACACCCCUACAUCCUACAAUGGGUUUGACUUCAACACCAAAUACUACCCAACAGUCAAUGAUGAUGAAUUCGAAUCGUGAAACCCCAGCAAGUUCGACAAAUCAAUUGUAUGGCUCCAGUUCAACAAUGAGUUCAAGUAUGAAAAUGUCAAAAUUCUGUCAUGAAUGUGGCACAAAAUUUUUGAUAGAUACGGCUAAAUUUUGUAUGGAUUGCGGUGUUAAACGUAUUUGUUUGUAGAGAGUGGAAGA